AUGAACAGUCCAUUCAAUACCUGUCGUUUUUUUCAGUCGCCCCAGGGCUGUUUCCGUGGCGGUUCAUGCACCUUUCGUCACAAUGAUAAAUGUUUGUCUUUCAAUGACGUAUCCGGAUUAAACUCGUCCAAUUUGUAUACCAAUAGCUCCAUGUCUUCUACCGUAAAACCUUGUCGUUUCUUUCUGUCCGAGAAUGGAUGUCGCAAUGGUAGCAAUUGUCCCUUUGUCCAUAUCACGACUGUUUCUUCUAAAGCUCCAACGUACGAGGAAUUGCAGCCUCCAUUACCUCAAGAUAAUUAUCAUAUGGCUACAACCAAUGGUGGUAGCGUCUUUUACAACCAUCCUGGUCUUCGACCACCACCUAUGAUGAAGAUGGCUACAGACUUGGAAGAUGAGAAUGCUGCAAUUUCCAAUACCUCUUAUACCGAGUCAAUGACUUUUCGACAUGAAAAAAGUCACCUUCAAGCUAAGAAGUUAACGAAACAAGAGACAAUUAGUGAAAUUCUUCCAGUGCUUACGAGGGACAUUGAAGGACCGUUCUUUGCUAUUGACGUCGAGUGUGUCGCCACGGGGAACGGCAAUGAUGACCGAGAUGUCGCACGGAUUGCUGUGGUGGAUGAAGACGAAAAAGUAGUGCUUGACCAAUACGUUAAGCCUACAAAACCUAUUGUAAGCUACCUUACACAGCUUACGGGUAUCACAGAGAGCAACCUGGUAGAUGCACCUACUUUAGAAGAAGCGCUUGUCCGGUUAAAGAAUAUUCUGCCCGUGGAAAGUGUUAUUGUGGGUCAGUCUAUUAAGAAGGAUCUGAAAUGGCUCAUGCUGGAGAAGCCAACGGACUACAAGGGAGAAUUUGAUGUGGCCGACUUGUUUCGACUGCCUAUGCAAUCGACCAAUGGUGUGGUGCGUUAUCGCUAUUUUUCUCUGCGGCACGUGGCCAAAUACUUGCUUGGACACGAGAUCCAGGAGGCAGACCACGAUCCGGUCAUUGACGCUCGGUAUGCCAUGAAAGUGUUUAAAGGGUUUCGCUACCUACAUGAAAACCCAGGUCGGCGUGAUGCAGUGUUGCAGACCCUACUAAAGACGCCGCGCACACCUUCAUUUGCAGACCGAUAUCCAGUAAUCGAUGGUGUUUUGAUGCGUGCACCGCGGAAGCAAAGCACAUCGCCAUCAAUCCGAAACGGCAACCGUGUUGCUGGGGCUGAAUCUGUGCAGCAAGGCACCAAUGGAGGUCACAUGCAGUAG